AGUAAAACAUUGACAAACAAGUUGUAGUAUAUCGGCCCGUGUUGAUAUAAAUACUCUUGCAAUAACUUAACGACUCAUGAUAAAGCUUGUGUAAUUUGGCCUGAUCUACAACAACACAAAGCGCAGCUGUAACCGGCUAGAUGCACACUGCACAUAUGAAUUCUUAUCUUGUUAUUAAAUUCCUUCUCACAUUGCAUCGAUGUAUCUCACGUAUGCAAAUUUUCAGCUUUCCAUCAGUGAUGAUUCAUCACCGCGGACUGAUAUGUCAGUCUAAAUCCCAAUCACAUCCUGUCCCCAUUAUUUCGAGGACUAUAUAUUCUCCAGUCGCCCUAAAUAAUUCACUUUAGUUCAAAUUGUACAAUGGCUGGUUCGCAGGCUCCUCUCUCCCCCACGGGGACUGGACACACGCUUUCUCCUGGUCGCGACCCUAUUUCAACACUCAAGGAACUUGCAGAACGGGAUAAUAGAUUUUUGAGGCCGGAUGAACCACGCAUCGUGUUUAAGACGCCGGAUGCAAAAAUGCAAAACGGGGUAUGGGUCGCUACUUGUGAAUAUUUCAAUCGUGGAAUGAACAAACAUUAUCGAGGUGAAGGUCGAUCCGUCGUGGUAAAAAAGGAUGCAGCCCGUGAGGCCUGCCGAGCAGUACUGGAGGAAUACUAUGAGGACAUGAAUGUGGUAAACAGGAUGGCCAAUAUGGCAAUAUCUGCGCCAUCAGCUCCCACCCCUGAAGUUCCAGCGGCAUUCUUAACGCCACCGGCGACACCACAAGCAACAUCAAGUUCUGGAGUAGCACCAAACCGUCCACCACCUCCCGUCGCCGAAAGCCUGUCGCCUCUUGCAAUGGGAAGUGCAUCAGCCAGGACGUUACCGGCCAGAUUAUCAAAUUCCGUACAUGCUCCAAAUACUGACCCUAAUUUAUUAACUCCAUCCGAAUAUACUCAACCAGGCAGCUCCUUGGUUCGGGUUCUACACUCCAUAUAUUUCUACACUGACGUACAACUUGGCCAGGGAGGAAUGGGAUGUGUUUAUAAGGGCCACUUCGGAUUAAAGGAGUGUGCUGUUAAGCAGAUAGGUAAGUGUGUUCACGCCAACAAAUUGGAGCAAGAAGUUUUCAUCCUGCAAAAGUUGCAACAUGAAAAUAUCGUCGGUUAUUUGCAUUGUGAGACAAAUCAUGCGAAUAAUAUCUUCAUCGCGAUGGAACUUGGACAGGAUAAUUUGGCCACAGUUAUCAAAAUGAAGAGAUACGCUUCCAAUGACCAACUGCGACAAUACAUGACGGACACCGGGGCAGGUCUCAGUUAUCUGCACAAGGCAAAAGUUGUCCAUCGAGAUCUAAAACCUUCCAACAUUCUCAUUUUUAAUGGGGACACUGCAAAGAUAGCAGACUUUGGCAUCAGCCGAAUUGUGGAUUCGAUCACGCAGGGUGGAGACACAACCAAUAUUAUGGGAUCAAGCGGGUGGAUGCCACCGGAAAUGAAUACGUCACAAGGUCGAUAUCACGGACCUGGAGAUAUUUUCGCUUUUGGAUUAAUUAUAUUCUACACUAUGUCCAAAAACAAUCUUCAUGCCUUUGAGGAAGAAGCAGAGAAUUCAUCAUCCAAGGUUCUAGAAAAUAAUAUCCAGGACGUGAAUAAGCUGCCAAACUGGACAAAUCUAGCAGAAUCCGAGUACAGUGUAUCUCUUCGCAACCUGCUUUCACCAAUACUUUCCAAGCAACCUAAUAAUCGACCCAAAAUUGACGUCAUUUUGGAACAUCCGUUCUUUUGGAGUGCCAAAAAAUAUAAAGAAUUUAUCACCAAUGUAUCCAAUGAGCUCAAAACGGCUGGAAAAAAGGUUAGAAAUGCUUUGGAUGCCGAAUAUGACUCAUUGUCCAUGAAAGAAUUUAAUCGUCAUGUCAAUUGGAAGAUGCAACUCUGCCCCACAGUUCGAACUCAUCUUUUGGAAAAUUCAACUCAUCCCAAAAUCUACGAUGCUGGGUCCCUCAUUUCACUCGUGGAGUUUAUUAGGGACAAAGAUCAACACAAAACGGAAUGGAACCAGCGAAGUCAUAAUAAUGACGUUGGGAUUGAGUUGAAUAAUUUGUUCGGUAAUGGUGAUCAAAGCUAUGUGACUUAUUUUGAGCGACAGAUACAAGAAUGUGUCCCCUUUCUCUAUGUUACUCUCCAGAAGAAGGAGUUCCAAAAAGUUUUGGGUCAAGUAAAACAAGAAUUUUACAAGAUUAAUGAGAAUUCCGCAUUCUGAUCGGACUAAAAUGUAUUUCUUGAGACUUGUGCUACCUAUAACAGUAUGAAACUUGUGAAACUAUGAAACCAGAUAAAAAUGAGAUUUAUUAUAUAAUGCUAAAUUAGAUACAAAUUACUUAGCCCAUUCCUUUGUCACAACCUAUCAUAAGUGUAUUGACAUCAAAAUAUGUAUUACAAUAAACAUAUACAAAUUUUUACUUCUUUAAUA